CGUCAGGGCCGUCCGGCGGCGCCGCCGCCGCCGCGCCGGGAGGAGUCGCCGCCGCUCCGCGCGCGGGGCCCCGGGGCCGCCGCCGCGUUCUCGGUGGGAGUGGGUGGCCCCACGGGGCACCAUGCCGCUGGGGCGGGAUGGGCCCAGCUGGAAGAAGAGGACAGAGGACAUUCGGCGCAUCUACGACUUCCGAGAGGUCCUGGGCACGGGGGCCUUCUCCGAGGUGGUCCUGGCGGAGGAGAAGGCGACGCAGAAGCUGGUGGCCAUCAAGUGCAUCGCCAAGAAGGCGCUGGAGGGGAAGGAGACCGGCAUCGAGAACGAGAUCGCCGUCCUCCAUAAGAUCAAGCACCCCAACAUCGUGGCCUUGGAUGACAUCUACGAGAGCAGCACCCACCUCUACCUCAUCAUGCAGCUGGUCUCAGGGGGGGAGCUCUUCGACCGCAUCGUGGAGAAGGGUUUCUACACCGAGCGAGACGCCAGCGCCCUGAUCCGGCAGAUCCUCGACGCCGUCAAGUACCUGCAUGACAUGGGCAUCGUCCACCGUGACCUCAAGCCCGAGAACCUGCUCUAUUACAGCCUGGACGAGGACUCCAAGAUCAUGAUCAGCGACUUCGGGCUGUCGAAGAUCGAGGGCUGCGGCAGCGUCAUGUCCACAGCCUGCGGCACCCCUGGCUACGUGGCUCCCGAGGUGCUGGCGCAGAAGCCCUACAGCAAGGCAGUGGAUUGCUGGUCCAUCGGGGUCAUCGCCUACAUCCUGCUCUGCGGUUACCCCCCUUUCUAUGACGAGAACGACGCCAAGCUCUUCGAGCAGAUCCUGCGGGCCGAGUACGAGUUCGACUCGCCCUACUGGGACGACAUCUCGGACUCGGCCAAGGACUUCAUCCAGCACCUGAUGGAGAAGGACCCCAGCAAGCGCUUCACCUGCGAGCAAGCCCUGCAGCAUCCCUGGAUCGCUGGGGACACAGCCCUGGACAAGAACAUCCACCAGUCAGUGAGCGAGCAGAUCAAGAAGAACUUUGCCAAGAGCAAGUGGAAGCAAGCCUUCAACGCCACGGCGGUGGUGAGACACAUGCGAAAGCUGCAGCUGGGAACCAGCCAGGAGGGCCCUGGGCAGACGACUCCCACCAGCCCUGGCGAGCGGCUGCGGGGGGGCAGCAGCAACGGGUCAGACUGUGGGCGCCUGCCUGCCAGCAGAGCUCAGCGCCUCCCGCCAGACUGAGCACGGCCCCCACGGCUGCAUCACGGGGGGGGGGCUGGGAAGGAGGGUCCAGCCCUCCUGUGGGCACAGCAUGGGGUGGCGGGGGGGGCUGCAGUACUGGAGCAGGGGGCACCCUGCCCUGCUCGCCCUGUCUCCCAGCCCCCGGUGUGUGGGGCUGCCCCCCGCCACAGGCUCGCAGCAGAGCUCUGCAUCGGGGCAAGGGCAGCCCCCAAAAGCACCUCCCUCCCUCUCCCCCCUCCCCCCGGCUCGGGGCUGCGUCCCGGGGCCUCCUCCAUCCCUCCCUUCCCCCCACGCCUGCCUCGGCACUGCCCCACACCCCCCCAGCAUGUUCAAGGAGAAUUUUCCAAAUGGAUGUUUCUAUUUUAUUGCUUGUAAUAAAGGCAAGAGGCCAACA